AUGAUAGAUGCUCGUCGAGCUUGGUUCGGUGCUAAUUCAUUCUUUGCAUGGGCUCUUCCUCAAGCUGAUCAAAUUACAUUAAUUAACACAUUACGUGAGAAAAAUGUUCGUGUCAUACGAAUCUUUUUAGCAACAAUCGAUGAUGGUCAAGCAGGUUCACGUGCUAUAGCAGCUAAGACAGUGACAUCUCUUCAUGAUCGCUAUUCAUUAGGAUGUUAUGCAUAUAAAGCUGAUAGUUAUGUAUCAAAAUAUGGAAUUCCAACAGUCAGUGGAUGUUCACCACCGAAUGAUGCAUCGAAAUUUUAUUCAAAUGAACAAGCUAAAACAGAUUUUACUAAUCGAUUAAGAUAUUUACUUGACCAUGUCAAUCCACAUUUUGGACAACGAUGGGGAUCUUUAAGUCGUGUUAUAUUCUCGUUUCAAAUCGAAAAUGAAAGUCAAGGUCAUAUGUCAACAUUUAAUGUACGUUGGAUGUGUGAUAUAAAUAUACGAAUUCGGUCAUUAGUAAACAAUGGAGUACUUCUAUCAACUAGUGGCGAUGUUGAUUAUGGUUUAAGUCUUCGUCUUGAAAAUUUUCAAUGUUCUGCAAUUGAUUUAAUAUCUUUACAUGACUACACAAUGGAUGGAGAUUAUUCUCGUCGAAAAUUUCAAGAAGCUAUUCGAUUAGCACAGCAAUAUGCAAAAAGAGUUUAUGUGGAAGAAUUCGGUGGUCGUGGUGAUACACAAAUGGCUCAAGCACUGAAUAUUAUUCGAGCUACGGCACAUCAACAAGGAUUACCAUGGUUAGUAUGGCAAAUUGUGUCAAAUGCAAGAUCAGAAGAUUAUGAAUUUUUUACCAAUGAUCGAACAGCUUGGACAGCAUUUGAGCAUCAAGCAUAUUGGGCACAAAUGUCACCAUCAUCUUUUCAAUGGUCAGAAAUUUGGAAUUAA